AUGCGCAGUGUGCAUCCCCGCGGCGCACGAUAAGGUUAUCGUGCUUGCAAAUCAUUAUCCUUCUCCCUGGGAUGCGCUUUACUCCUCCUACUCCCCGCCACUUCAAUCUUCAUUUACUACUUCGUUCUUUUGUUUUAUUUAUUAGUUAUUAAUAUUAAUUGUUUUAGCGCAAAACAUAUAGAACCUUUGAGUUUGUUAUCGACCGUUGAACUCAGUUUGCUAACCCUUCCUCCUGCUGCCACCCGCCACCGAUCCUAACCUGCGUUUCAGGUUUAAACAUCUGCAGAAAAAAAAAAUCCUUCUAUUUAUUACAAAAGGACAAAAUGUCAGAAGGAACCAGUCUGGUGCUGGAAUCGUCCGAGAAUUGCACAGAUUUGUCUCAGGAUGAGAUUGGCACGAUUGAGGAAACACCAGAGGAAACAAUUUUAUCAAGACAGACUUCUGUCAACCUUGUUCCUUUUAUUGGUCAGAGAUUUGUUUCUCAAGAAGCUGCUUAUGAAUUCUAUUGCAGUUUUGCUAAGCAGUGUGGCUUUUCUAUUCGGCGACACCGCACUCGAGGGAAGGACGGUGUUGGUCGCGGAGUCACAAGGAGGGAUUUUACUUGCCAUCGUGGUGGAUACCCCCAGGUCAAACCUUCUGAUGAUGGGAAGAUGCAAAGGAACCGCAAAUCAUCUCGUUGUGGUUGCCAAGCAUACUUGCGUAUUGUUAAAAAGUCGGAUUUUGAUGUCCCUGAGUGGCGUGUUACUGGCUUUAGCAAUGUCCACAAUCACGAGUUGUUAAAAUCUAAUGAGGUGCGGCUUCUUCCGGCAUACUGCACAAUAUCUCCUGAUGACAAGAGCCGCAUAUGCAUGUUUGCUAAAGCAGGGAUGUCAGUGAGGCAAAUGUUAAGAUUGAUGGAACUAGAGAAAGGCAUCAAAGUCGGUUGCCUUCCUUUUACGGAAAUGGAUGUGAGAAACCUGUUGCAGUCUUUCAGAAAUGUUGAAAGAGACAAUGAUGCCAUUGAUCUAAUUGCUAUGUGCAAGAGAUUAAAAGAUGAAAAUCCAAAUUUCAAGUAUGAAUUCAAGAUAGACAGUAAUAACAGGCUGGAGCACAUUGCAUGGUCUUACAGCUCAUCUGUUCAAUCGUACGAGUCAUUUGGAGAUGCUGUGGUUUUUGACACCACACACCGAGUAGACGCCUAUGACAUGCUGUUGGGAAUCUGGCUUGGAGUGGACAAUCAUGGGAUGACUUGUUUCUUUGGUUGCACACUUCUACGGGAUGAAAAUAUGCAGUCUUUUUCAUGGGCUUUAAAGGCUUUCAUGGGCUUCAUGAAAGGAAAAUCUCCGCAAACAAUAUUAACUGAUCAUAACAUGUGGCUGAAAGAAGCUAUUGCUGUUGAAAUGCCAGAAACAAAACAUGCCUUUUGUAUAUGGCAUAUUCUUUCUAAGUUGUCUGACUGGUUUUCUGUUCUACUUGGAUCUCAUUAUGACGAGUGGAAAGCUGACUUCCUCCAGCUCUACAAUUUGGAACUGAUGGAAGAUUUCGAAGAAGGGUGGAGGCAAAUGAUUGAUAAAUAUCGACUCCACACGAACAAACAUAUUAUUAGCCUACAUUCAUUAAGGAUGUUUUGGGCUCUACCAUUCUUGAGGCGUUACUUUUUUGCAGGAUUGACCAGCACAAGUCAAUCCGAGUCCAUUAAUGCUUUCAUCCAACGGUUCUUGAGCGCUCAAUCUCAAUUGGACCACUUUGUUGAGCAAGUCUGUGAUGUGGCAGAUAUUGUUGAUUUUAACGACCGGGUUGGAUUGAAGCAAAAAAUGCAACGGAAAGCGCAGAAAGUGUGCCUCAAAACAGGCUCGCCUGUCGAAUCUCAUGCUGCCACUGUCCUUACACCUUAUGCCUUAAGUAAACUCCAGGAUGAGCUAGUUUUGGCGCCGCAGUAUGCAUCCUUUCUGGUGGAUGAAGGUUGCUUCCAGGUCAGACAUCACACUCAGACAGACGGAGGCUGCAAAGUAUUUUGGGUUCCUUGUCAAGCGCACAUUACCUGCAGCUGCCACCUGUUCGAGUUUUCAGGAACCUUAUGCAGACAUGUUCUACGUGUCAUGUCGACCAAUAACUGUUUUCACAUCCCCGACCAAUACCUACCCACCCGUUGGAGAGGUGGUGGUUUGUCUUCUGUCAACCAGUUUCGGGGCGUAACAACAAGGGAUCAGCCUGAAAGGAUGCAAUUUUUGGAAUCCAUGGUUUCAACGCUUAUAAUGGAAUCCAUUGAAACAGAGGAACGCCUUGAUGUUGCUUGCGAGCAAAUGUCUGUGGCGCUGUCACGUAUCAAAGCCCUUCCAAGGCCGCCGGCACAUGGGGUGAAUGACAUCACAUAUAGUUAUUCGUCGGAUUCAUUGAUCCUACCAGAGGUAGAAGAUACUGAUGGAAUAAUUCAUGGUUUUGCAAACCCCCACGAUAGUAUUGCCUUAGGAAAGCUAAAGGAGAGAAGGGCGAGGGAUGUCGUUGAUGUCACGAGGAAGCGUAGGCAGUUUCCGGGGCCGUUGUGUGGGCAAUAUGUGCAUGAUCCUUCCGAUUGCUCAAUAAUGGCAGGUGAUAAUCUAGGUGGAGAUGGAUUAGGGUAUUUGUAGAUUUGAAGGAAAGUAUUGCUAUUAUUGAUGUACAAAGUAAAUGCUUCUUUGUUGUUAUUUCAAUAUUAGUUAAUCAGUUAAUUUUUCCUCAUUUUGUGUCUUCCAUAUUCAGCAAUACACAAAUGGUUAAGUUUCCAUCACUCAGUUUGUGGCCUAAGAAUU